CAGAUUUUGGAGCUGGGAAUAGUGUCACAUUCAGUGAUAAUUGGGCUAUCUCUGGGAGUGUCCCACAGCCCAUGCACCAUAAGACCAUUAAUAGCAGCCCUAUCAUUCCAUCAAUUCUUUGAGGGCUUUGCCCUUGGUGGCUGCAUCUCUCAGGCUCAGUUCAGCACCCUCUCCACCUCUCUCAUGGCUGCCUUCUUCGCCGUCACCACGCCCGUCGGGAUCGCCAUCGGUGCUGCCAUUGCCUCCUCCUACAACCCCAACAGCACCGGGGCGCUGGUUGCCGAGGGCAUUUUGGACUCUCUAUCGGCGGGAAUUCUGGUGUACAUGGCUCUGGUUGAUUUGAUAGCGGCCGACUUUCUCAGCAAGAGGAUGAGCUGCAAUUUUAGGCUCCAAGUUGUUUCGUAUUGUACUCUCUUUCUUGGCGCGGGAUUGAUGUCUUCGCUCGCGCUUUGGGCUUGAUGUUUAGCUAUACUAUGGACUUCGUUCUUUUCUUUUGGGAGGAAAUUGUGUUAGAUUAGAAUUUAAGGGAAAAGGUAGACGAUGUUAGCAAAUUAUUGGUGUUUUAAGAAGGGUGUGAAAAUACCCAACCCAUCCAUCAGGUAGAUUAUGUACAAUUAAAUCAAUUCUUAGUUUUUUGUUGCAAAAGAAAGACAAUGAUUCUGAUUU